AUGCUCAUUACCCAAGCUAUUUACUGGUUCAUCGCUAUCCAGUGCACACUACUAGUCACCAUUUCCUCUAUUGCGGAUGCCCAGCAGAUCGGAUCGACUACAAAGGCAACCGCGCGCGUGCUAAUCAACGAACCUCAGUCUGCAUUAGAACAUAACGCUGAAGAAAAUCCCAAUUAUGGAAAACUGGAUACCUUAAGGAACAUCAAUAGAGCCAUAGAUUUCCAUGCCAGCUCCUUUGAUGCAAACACGUCAAAAAACCAACCAGGCGUGAGUGCAGUUGUGAUGGGUUUUAUUGCAGACUACACUGGUGGCAAACGAUCUUCUCCUAUACUCAACCUAUCAAGCAACUGCAACAAUGUCGAGAACUGCGAACAGGUGGCGCAUGAUAUCAAAUCUUGUCAAAGAAAGGGCAUUAAAGUUUUCUUAUCCAUGGGUGGUUCUGCUGGCCCAUACCAUAAGCAAAAAUGGGAUCCAGAAGUUUUGGCCUGGUGGAUCUGGAAUAAAUUUUUAGGAGGGGACGACCGUACCCUAAAGAGACCGUUUGGUGAUGUACUCUUGGACGGCAUUGAUUUUGAUCCAGAAGGCACUAAUGGCGAAGGCUAUGAUAAACUUGUCGAUACUCUCCGGAAAUUAUUCAAGACAGCAUAUCCUCCUCGAAAUUACCUUAUUACAGCCGCACCUCAAUGUCCAGACCUCGACAUGUAUUCCAUGAAUGCCAUGUACCCUUUACUUCAUCCCGACCCUAAAUACAACGCAUACCCGGAUUUGGUAUUUGUUCAGUUCUACAACAACUAUUGCUCGGCCAAUACUUUUGAUACAAAAGGACCAGCAAAAUUCAACUUUGAUGAAUGGGAAAAUUGGUCUCUUAAGAAUACAAACGGACGGACCAAAAUUUAUUUGGGCUUGAUGGGCAAGGAGAACCAUAUGGAUACAGGCUAUGUAAAUUAUGAAAAGCUUACAGAGAUUCUGGAUACGAUUGAGCCAAAAGAAACAUUUGGUGGUGUGAUGAUGUGGGACGCACGCUAUGCAUUCAGUAAUCCUGUGUCCUACCUUAACGGAAUCCAUUACGGACAAGCAGUCGCAGAGUAUCUGCAGUUCCUUUCACGUACUGACGACAUUUGGAUGCCUCUUCUGGCCCUUGAUACUGCCAGCAUCUACAAGGAUACAAUGAUGCCUCUGAUGGUACCAAUCAGCCACAAAAUUGCCUCGUUGCAUGAGCCAUUGGAAUGCCGUGGGCAAACCUUCUUGUUGCUACGUACUGUGACCAGUCGGAUCCUUGCCGAGAGUUUUGGAUUAUCUGGGGGUGACAUUGAUGACCAUCUUUUAAGCCUUGGGAUUGAGCCUACAGCUCCUAUUGUCCCCGGUUCAAGAAUUUGUUUGGGAGUAGGUAUAAAAGCCGAUACUCUUGCAGUCACCUAUGUCUAUAAUGCUACUAUCAGUUCGAUCAAAUCACGCCCGCCAUUAGCUUUUUAA